GGAAAGGGGGGGAGGGGGUGCAGUGAGCUGUAAACUGCAGCCAGCCACCCAAUCCCCGGCAGUCACAUCACAUAGCUCAUCAUGAUCAGACUCAUACAGAGAGAUCAGCAGCUGACAACGCACCAAACAGGCUGCAGUAAUACACACACAGAUUUUUUGCCGAUGUCUAAUAUGGACUCAGUGAAUGAGACCCUUGAGAGAUCUUACAAUCUAUCAGUCUGGUUAGCUCACGAGGCCUCCUCCCUCCUUGAACUGUAUAUUGACAUGCAGGGUUUCCGCGAUGGCCCUCCAAGGAUCCCAGAUGACCACCUCCAGCUGCCCAUGCCACCCUCCCCCGAUGACGAAGACUGGGAGCCCACUCGCCGCCUCUGCCAGCAUCGCACUGCCUGCCGCCUCUUAGCCACCCUCCUGGACCGUGUCCUGGGUGAGCAGCGGGAGCUGAACGAGACCCGGCACCACCUCCACCAGCAGCUACAGCUCGCCAUCACCGGCCUCCAAGGCCUGGAUGCCAACCUGAGCCACGUCCUGUCCUCACUAGGCUCCGGCGAGGAGGAGGGCGAUGGGCAAUCCCAUGUGCUCUCUGGCCCAUCCUCAGACACCGCACACUGGGAAGCCAAGGUCAACGGCUACCACAUCAUUGCCCACUACACCCACUGGGUGGCCAGAACGGUCGAGGAUCUGGAAAGGUUGAAAGAUCACCUGAAGCCUGAGGCCUAGCACAGAGUCAUUAACUGCAGCAAUCAGAUGGUCUGAAAGUGGCCAAAAAGCCUCAGGCCUAGCUCUUAAUCACCACCAGUUAGAACUGAAAAAAGCUCAAAAUUUGCUGUAAAUCUGAGGCGUAGCUCUUACUUAUUUAUAGGAAGAUUUGGUAAGGGUCUCGAGCCUGGCAAUUCAGGUUCCGUAGGAAGAACUGGCAAAAGUCAAACAAUGUCCUAAAAGCCACUUAAUUACCAUUCAAAGAAUUAGCAAAAGUCAACUGCUGUGUAAAAUCCUGGGGCCUAGCUUUUGAUUACCCAUAGGAAGAACGAGCAAGGGCUAAAAGCCUCGGGCCUAGCUCUUAACAGGAGGAGAGGGCGGCCCCUCCUGGGCUCCUUCAGGCGAUUCUGAGUUCCCCUGCCUCCCAACCACUAGCAA